UGGGCCCGGCAAGCAGCUCCAAAACAAAGGGCUGGCGGCCCGUGGGGCGGCGGCGGGAGGAUGCCUCGCGCUUUGCCGAGGCGCCAACGGCCGCAGUGCGUCCCGGGCCACGCCGGGGCCGCCUGAGAGCAGAGCCCGCGCUGACCGAGGCCCGGGCCGGAUGGGCUCUGCGGGCCGGGGCACGGACCGCGGAGCGGCCGAUGCCUGUCACAGAGACUACCCAGCCAAGGUUGUGACAUUUUUUUCUUGUCCCAGCUGUGUGGACAGUGCCACACACCCUCCCAAACAACAACGGCUCUUGCAUGCAUCUUCCAGUGUUUCUUUUGUCAGAGAAUCCAGCAGAGCCGCAGCUCUUCGAGUGCCAGCCCUGAGCUGAGUGAGGAGCACCCAGCAGAAAUGGUGAAAAUGACCAAAUCCAAAACGUUCCAAGCUUACCUGCCAAACUGUCACCGAACAUACAGCUGUAUCCACUGCAGAGCCCACCUGGCCAAUCACGAUGAGCUGAUCUCCAAGUCCUUUCAGGGAAGUCAGGGACGAGCCUACCUCUUCAAUUCUGUGGUGAACGUGGGCUGUGGUCCUGCUGAGGAGAGGGUCCUUCUCACUGGGCUGCACGCAGUUGCAGACAUCUACUGUGAGAACUGCAAGACCACACUCGGGUGGAAAUACGAACAUGCCUUUGAGAGCAGUCAGAAAUAUAAGGAAGGAAAAUUUAUUAUUGAGCUUGCCCACAUGAUCAAAGACAAUGGUUGGGAGUAAAGUGGAAACUUUCCAUUCUCUUGAAUACUAUUUUGUGAAAGAGACUGAAGUGUAAUGGAGAUGUAAGAGCAUCCUGGAUGACAAUAUUUCUUGAACUUUGACCUCGCAGGCUAGCCGUGCUUUGACACUCAAAGGCCUCUCUUGGCCAUCUCCUUGGGUAAGGCAUCCCCAGUUUGUGUCCUGUUCAUGUACAUGGUUGUUUCUGAAAGUUUGAAAUGAUCUUUAUCUGACUUUUCAAGUUCUAGAAAAAGAAUUAGCCAAUUGGUGACUUAUCUGCCUAAUUAAUACCUUCUUUUAACCUAUGCCUUCAAUAUAGUUUGGCUGUGCUUUCUCAUAUUCAAUAGAAAAGUGAAACCAAGUCCCUAAAGAUCAGAGGCAAGGUCUCUUUCAAGACCAAGUCUCACCUCUCCCUUUUUUAGAGUAGGGUAACUUGUUUCACCCCAGUUCUCAAAACUACAAAUUGGUUAUUCCUCCUACAUAUGAACUGUAAGGCAUAGUAUCCAUUUAAGAAUCUUUCAGAAGCAGUCAACAAAUUUAUACACCCAGGAUGUUUUGUUUUGUUUUUUUAGCCUGUUCAAAAAUGGAACAUAACCAAUAACAUUUUAGAUAAGCUAUAAAUAGAGAAAUAUGUCUAAUGAACAUUUUGUUUCUUUAAGGUAAUAGAUUCCUUAUCUAGAAAGCAAUUGAACUAGUCUCUAGAGAAGACUGUCCCAGGGCCCCUGCAGAGGCCAUUACUGAGGUGAUAGCCUCACAGGUCUGGUAGUGACAUUGGCUCAAGUCUGGCAGUUGCUGAAUGGCUAGUUCUUGUCAUUAUAGAGUAGCAUGCUGGACCAAGUAUGAAGCUGGAUUUCAUUUUCUACCCUGGAUGUACUUGAAGAAAAAGAAUUAUUUUUGCUUAUGAAAGAGGUCAGAACUGGCAGGAAAAACUUGCUAGUUUGAGAUUUGCCAGAUUAAAAUUUCUUCAGAAAAGGUUAAAGUUGCAAGACAGGUUUAAAUGUUGUAAAGGAAAGGUGUUUAACUUGCUGGGUGAGUCACCUUUCCCUUCCUGGUGCUGUCAUGUGGGCUGAUGUGGAGGGGACCUGUCUCCCAAAUCCUGGGUUUCUGUCAAAGAUUUAAAGUCAUGGCCCACCAUCCUCUUGUGCCUCUGCAGGGCAUGGGCACUAUGCAAGGGUAUCAGCCAGUCUGCAGAGAAUGGAGGUUAGAAAACAUUUCUAGAUAAGUUUUGGGUUUCAACAAUUUGUACCCCAACUCAAGGCAGAGGGGUAGAAAAUGGAUUGGUGGUACAGAGUCAGAGAGCUAGAAGAGCAAGAGCUAGAGUGCUUCAAUAGCUCUCAGCCUAGCAAAUGGCUGUGAAACUGCCUGUGGACAAGGCUAGACUAAUGGCUGAGAGCCAGCAGUCCACUGUCAGCUCCCUAGCUGCCCAGACCCACCCUGUCACCAGUGCAGGCACUGGGAUGCCACCUGGCUCCAAUUCAGUACUCAUCCCAGAGCCUACCCUUUGGUGCCAUCUUUUUGCCAAGACUGGGAAACCUUGAAAUGUGAGAAAUGUAUUGUCCUGGGUUCAGUAGCCUGGUGGGCCAUGACCGAGCCAUGUCAGCUUAGCAGGAGUAACAGUGGCAGGUUACUUUAAGCACAUCUUCACCCUAAAAAAGGACAUCUUUGCACAGCCUGUAACCUUCUGCAUCUGGUGGUGGUCCAGCAAGCUGCUUUGUCCUGAGCUAGUCUCUUGCAGACUGAGGCUGGCUCAGUGUAUCCCUGUAUUCCUAAGUUAAACAGCUUUCCACCCUAAGGUAUUGAGAGCCUGGAGUCAUUGUUCCCAAGGUCUGAAAUCUGAAGAUGCUUCACUUGUGAUUGGCAUAUGAAGUAGCAAGGUCUGUGGCUUCUGUCCAUUGUGUGAAACAGUAAAGGGGAGAGAUAACUUCCUUUAUUGACAAAUGAGCACUAACUGAAAAAUUAGCUAACAGUGACUUCCUUUCUAGUCUUCAUUCCUCUGGCAAGUGGGAAUUUAGCCUUGGAGGGCUCAGAGCAUGAGGGAAAAUGAUUGUGGCUUCACUAACCUGCCUAGAAUAUACCCAGGACAGCCUGAGCACAGCUCCAUAAAUGUUUCACUUAAAUUGAAGAGACUUUUCUAGAAUUUUUCUGACCCAUUUUUGUAUAUACUAAGAUUAUAUUUAAAGCUUUUAUAUGUUCUGGGCAAGUUUACUGUUCCUUCCAUUUGAGCACUUUGGUUUUUGUAUUGUCUUUUGUGAUGGCAUUGAUUGAAACUUUUUUACUAGUACUCUUAUGACUUAUUUUGUAUUUUUGUUGGUAAUGAAUACCGACAAAAUUUUUAUCAUUUUUUUUGUUGGUGGUGGUGGUCUUCUGAGCGAUACAAGUUUCUUUUUAAACCAUAAACCAAAUGAACUGACCAUGAGCUGGCAUCAGGGGAAGUGAUACUCACAAGACCACAACCAGAUGUGCUGAUGAAGUGCUGGAAUAUUCUACCCUCUUAAAUUCCUAAACAAUAAUUCUCAUCCCAUGACUUAUUUAUUUAAAAUUUUUCCUUGAGAAUAUUGGGAGUUGGAUCUAGGAUUAUAAAUAAAUACAUUUGUAGUAUCUUCUGGCACAGUACAUUUGCUUUAGAAAUGUAGUUUAGUUUUGUUGCUGUUUUAUAUGUGUACACACAUAGUAUUUUUAUACCUUAAAACUUAUUCUUGAUGGCAUCUGUCGGAUAUUCGAAAGGAUCAGAGAUGAGAUUUUUUUUCCAAAAGUCAUUUAUUCAACCUGAUGGUCUCAUCAGGCAAUUACAAAAUCCAAGUGGUUUAAUAUCUAGAAGGACACAAUUUAAGCUCUAAAACGAACUACAGAAAUAUAAGCCUCCUGUCAAAGGACUUGGUUGGGCCUGUCUUCUGCCCUGGAGGGCAAGUGUGGGUGAGGAUGUGGCCCUCCCCUUGGGGCAGGUGCAGAUCAUUGGAUAAGGCUGAAUGGACAGAUGGACGGCAGCUGGAGGCAGCAGGAAGCUUCACCUCAAGGAGCAGGAUGAUCAAGCUCAAGUGCACACACUGCCUUCAGUUUCCCCUACCCCCAGCCAUGCCACUGGUCCUUGGUCCUGUGUUCGUGUGAGGUUUAUAAAUAAAGCUUCUGAUGUCAGACUUC